AUGUCGCUUCCCCCGGAGACCCGCGAACAGUAUACCCAGGUCAUCGACUCGAUUCUGGCCCAAAGCGACCUGAACACCAUCUCCGAAAAGCGCAUCCGCAGAGGCCUCCAGGAUGCCGUCGGCCAUGAUCUCACACCGCAGAAGGCUGCGAUCAAGCAGCUUAUUAUGGAACGAUUCGACAUCUUUGCGGACCAGGGUGGGAUAGGGGCUUCUGGAGAUGGGGAUAAGACGACUGAAACGACGACCAACGGCCACGAUAACAGUGGUGGCUCAGCCACGCCUGCCGAACGUUCGCCCUCCACGCUCUCUGCGUCACCACAGAAACGCGCAGCAGAAAACGAAGAACCGGCGGAUAGUCCCGAUGAAGCAUCCCCGCCGGCGAAGAAACAGAAGCCGGAACAUGACAUCGACGCCGAUGCCCUCUUUGCGGCCAAAUUACAAGCCGAAGAAAAUAUGCGUGCCCGGCCCACUAGAGGUGCCAGCACACGGAAAGCGGCACCGGCCAAAAAGAAGGCCAAGCCCAAGCCUAAGACCAAGACCUCCAAGAAGGUCAAGGCAGAGGAUGACUCGGAUGUUGAUUCGGGGUCUGAGUCGGGCAAAAAGGAGGUCAAACGGUCCGGUGGAUUUCACGCACCAAUGGCACUUUCGCCUGCACUUUCGUCGCUUUUGAACGAAGAAAUGCUAUCGCGACCCCAAACGGUCAAGAAAGUCUGGGAGUAUAUUCACAAACAUGAACUUCAAGAUCCCAGUGACCGACGCCACAUCCUCUGUGACGAUGCAAUGCGUACCGUCUUCAAGCAAGAUCGGAUACACAUGUUUGCCAUGACCAAAAUUCUCAAUCAGAACCUGUACAGCCCAGACGACUAG